AUGGCCGUCGGGGGGCGCCGCGCGGCGGCGUGCGGGCGGUGGUGCCUGGUGAUCCUGGCCGUGGCCUCCGCGCUCGGCGUCUCCGGGCCCGCGCUCUACUGGCGCUACAAGAAGGGCUUCUCCUCCUCCGCCGCCACCGUCACGGCCGCCGUCUCCUCCUCCUCCCCCACGUGCCCGCCCUGCACCUGCGACUGCCCGCCGCCCCUCUCCCUCCACUCCAUCGCGCCCGGGCUCAUGAACUUCUCAAUUUCAGCUUGCGGCACAAAUGAUCCUGAGCGUAACAAAGAGAUGGAGAAGCAGUUUGUUGAUCUCCUUAAUGAGGAACUGAAGCUGCAGCAGGUUGUAGCUGAGGAGCACAGCCAUCACAUGAACGCCACUCUUGUGGAGGCAAAAAGGCAGGCUACCCAGUACCAGCGAGAGGCAGAGAAGUGUAAUGCGGCUACAGAGACUUGUGAGGAAGCUAGGGAGAAGUCUGAGGGAGCAAUCUCCAAGGAGAAGAAACUGACUGCAAUCUGGGAACGACGAGCUCGUGAAUUGGGCUGGCAGGAUUCUCGAGCCGCCACCCUAUGAUAGGCCGUUGUAGUUUUCUUACACACGGAAAAUUAUUUUUGGUAGACCUCUUGCCGCCAAACCAUGGAGCGUUAAGUGUACCGGUCAAUGACCACGUGUAUUGUCUGCAUAUGUAUUAUGAGUUUGUGAGUUGUUCGGAUGAAGUACUGUUACUCUAGACAAUGUACAUUCCUUAUAUUUGUAACUAUUGUACAUUGAUUCAAUAUCCAAACCUUAUGUCAA